UAGUGAUUCUAAGUGGAAAAUUGUACAUACACAACCUAAAAAAGAAACAGAACACAAGAAUGGCUUCAAAAUCUACUACUAAACUCCUUAGCUUCUAUUACUUUAUGCUCUUCAGCUUCAUGCAUUUAAGCAUCACUGUGUUUUCAAUGAGUAGUAAUCAUCAUCAUGCAAAUAUAUGCAAUGGUUCCAUAGCUGAAUGCAAUCAAGAAGAUGAGUUUCUGAUGGAAUCAGAAAUAAGCAGAAGGUUUCUAGAAGAGAGGAGAUACAUUUCUAAUGGAGCUCUUAAGAGAGAUAAACCAGUUUGUAAUGGUGGUGCAAGUGGUGAAGCUUAUAGUAAAUCUGAAGGGUGUAUUCCUCCACCUUCAAAUCCUUAUACUAGAGGGUGUUCUAAGUAUUAUCGUUGUAGGUCUGAUUCUUGAAUUGAAGCUUCAUGCAAACAUGUUGCUGUUGUUCACUGAAUUUGAUGGACUGUUUUGUAUUUGGAAAUUGCGUGAAAUUUUACAAAAUAUUAUGCUCACAACUAUAAUCUCAUUUAGAUUAUUAUAACUUUAUAAUUCUAAGUAAGCUCAAUUUAAAGUUACUAGAGCCAUGUGAAUUACCACCAUUGAUUGGCUUAUUGGAUAAAUUAUCUCCAA